UCUAGAGCACAAGCUCAGUAGUUGUGGCACACAGGCUUAGUUGCUCCGUGGCAUGUGGGAUCUUCCUGGAGCAGGGAUCGAACCUGUGUCCCCUGCAUUGGUAGGCAGAUCCUUAACCACUGUGCCACCAGGGAAGUCCCGAAAUUUUGUUAAAUUUUGAAAAAUGUUUCCAUAUAAUGUUUCCCAUGAAAUGCACGUUUAGUUUAAAUAUUAAAUCUAGGUGUAUCCAAAUAAAGGAAUAGAGCACUCCCAGCACCUCAGAAGACCUUAAAUAUCCCUCCUCCUAUCCAGAGAGAACUGUUACCCUGAAAUUUUUUGUUAAUCAUUCCCUUUUCUUUACAGUUUUACCAUCUGUAUCAGUUAUCGCUUGCUAUAAGCAAACCACCCCAAAACUUAGUGGCUUUAACCAUCAGCAGUUUAUUAUUUCUCCCCAUUUUGUGGGUUGACCGGACAGUUGUUUUUGUUCUACGAGGUGUUGAGGUCACUCGUGCCAGAAUUCAGCUGGUGACUCUGCCCUGCCGCGGUCGGCUCGGGCAUCUCAGCUCUUCCUCAGGGGGCGUGUGGAGAUCAGUUUCUCCUCCAGGGCCCCUCCACGUGUCCUCUCCCCGCAACAGGAGCACCCGGAUGUCACUGCAGUGGGUGGCUGAGUUCCAAGAAAGCAAAGCAGAAGCUUCCAGACCUCUGAAGGCCAGGCCUGGGACUGGCACAGAGUCACUGCGUCCUGUUGGUCAGAGUCAUCCCAGGGCCACCCAGAUUCAGCCGGAGUCUCAUGGCAGCCAUGGAUUUCCCCCAGCACAGCCAGCACGUCUUGGAGCAGCUGAACCAACAGCGGCAACUGGGGCUUUUGUGUGACUGCACUUUUGUGGUGGACGGUGUUGACUUUAAGGCUCAUAAAGCAGUGCUGGCAGCCUGCAGCGAGUACUUCAAGAUGCUCUUCGUGGACCAGAAGGAUGUGGUGCACCUGGACAUCAGUAACGCGGCAGGCCUGGGGCAGGUGCUGGAGUUUAUGUACACGGCCAAGCUGAGCCUGAGCUCUGAGAACGUGGACGAUGUGCUGGCUGUGGCCAGCUUCCUGCAGAUGCAGGACAUCAUCACGGCCUGCCACGCCCUCAAGUCACUGGCUGAGCCGGCUGUCAGCCCUGGGGAGAAUAUGGAGGCCUCGGCCGUGGAAGUGGGGGACAAGAGAGCCAAAGAGGAGAAGGCUGCUGGCACUACGCUGAGCGAGCUGGACCCGGCCGGGAGCAGUCCACCCGCGGGCCCAGGCAGGGAGCCCAAAGAGGAGCGAGGAGGCCAGGCCGAGAGCACAGCCAGCGGUGCAGAGCAGACAGAGAAGGCCGAUGCCCCCCGGGAGCCUGUGGAGCUCAAGCCGGACCCCACGAGUGGCAUGGCUGCAGCUGAGGCCGAGGCUGCGUUGUCAGAGAGCUCGGAGCAAGAAGUGGAGGUGGAGCCAGCCAGGAAGGGAGAAGAGCGAGAGGAGGAGGGCCCCGCGCCCGCGGUGGUCAAGGAAGAGGGGCCGCCGCUGGAGAAGGGCGAGGCCCCCGAGGAGAGCGAGGAGUCGGCCAGCACGGACUCGGGCCAGGAGCUCGGCGCGGAGGCACGGAGCCUGCGCUCGGGCACCUACGGCGACCGCACGGAGUCCAAGGCCUACGGCUCGGUCAUCCACAAGUGCGAGGACUGUGGGAAGGAGUUCACGCACACGGGCAACUUCAAGCGGCACAUCCGCAUCCACACGGGCGAGAAGCCCUUCUCGUGCCGGGAGUGCAGCAAGGCCUUCUCCGACCCGGCCGCCUGCAAGGCCCACGAGAAGACCCACAGCCCGCUGAAGCCGUACGGCUGCGAGGAGUGCGGCAAGAGCUACCGGCUCAUCAGCCUGCUGAACCUGCACAAGAAGCGGCACUCGGGCGAGGCGCGCUACCGCUGCGAGGACUGCGGCAAGCUCUUCACCACGUCGGGCAACCUCAAGCGGCACCAGCUGGUGCACAGCGGCGAGAAGCCCUACCAGUGCGACUACUGCGGCCGCUCCUUCUCCGAUCCCACGUCCAAGAUGCGCCACCUGGAGACGCACGACACCGACAAGGAGCACAAGUGCCCUCACUGCGACAAGAAGUUCAACCAGGUGGGGAACCUGAAGGCCCACCUGAAGAUCCACAUCGCCGACGGGCCCCUCAAGUGCCGGGAGUGUGGGAAGCAGUUCACCACCUCAGGGAACCUGAAGCGGCACCUUCGGAUCCACAGCGGGGAGAAGCCCUACGUGUGCGUCCACUGCCAGCGGCAGUUCGCUGACCCCGGCGCCCUGCAGCGGCACGUGCGCAUCCACACGGGUGAGAAGCCGUGCCAGUGCGUGAUGUGCGGCAAAGCCUUCACCCAGGCCAGCUCCCUCAUCGCCCACGUGCGCCAGCACACCGGGGAGAAGCCCUACGUCUGCGAGCGCUGUGGAAAGAGAUUCGUGCAGUCCAGCCAGUUGGCCAAUCACAUCCGCCACCAUGACAACAUCCGCCCCCACAAAUGCAGCGUGUGCAGCAAGGCCUUCGUGAACGUGGGGGACCUGUCUAAGCACAUCAUCAUCCACACCGGAGAGAAGCCUUACCUGUGUGACAAGUGUGGUCGUGGCUUCAACCGGGUGGACAACCUUCGUUCUCAUGUGAAGACUGUGCACCAGGGCAAGGCAGGCAUCAAAAUCCUGGAGCCAGAGGAGGGCGGUGAGGUCAGCGUGGUCACUGUUGAUGACAUGGUCACAUUGGCCACUGAGGCACUGGCAGCAACGGCUGUCACUCAGCUCACAGUGGUGCCAGUGGGGGCUGCGGUGACCGCUGAUGAGACGGAAGUACUUAAAGCCGAAAUCAGCAAAGCUGUGAAGCAAGUGCAGGAAGAAGAUCCCAACACCCACAUCCUCUACGCCUGUGACUCCUGUGGGGAUAAGUUUCUGGAUGCCAACAGCCUGGCCCAGCACGUGAGGAUCCACACGGCCCAGGCACUGGUCAUGUUUCAGACGGAUGCGGACUUCUACCAGCAGUACGGUCCGGGCAGCACGUGGCCGGCCGGGCAGGUGCUGCAGGCUGGGGAGCUGGUCUUCCGCCCUCGGGAUGGGGCUGAUGGGCAGCCCGCCCUGGCAGAGACACCCCCCUCAGCCCCUGAAUGUCCACCACCUGCUGAAUGAGCAGGCACCCCUCCUCCUGUUUAUUUAAGGAUGGAUGGCACCCUAGAACUGAGAGGGGUCACCCCAUUCCCUAGAGAGAAUAAAUUUGAUUAUUUUCUAAUGCUGCCUAUAGCUCCCUGUGGGGGUGGGGCGGGGAGCUGGCAGCUGUGGCUGAUGCCACGGAAGGGUUGCUCCACCCAGAGACCAGCCAGCAGAGACCUGCUUCUUGGGAAAGCCAGGCGGUCCACACUUUACAGGAUGGGACUGGAGCCCCAGGACCUGUCUAGAAGCAAGCUGCCUGGGCUGGGGUGUGGGCAGCACCCUCAGGCCAGGGAAACUGCAGCUCCACAAGCCCCAUCCUUCAUCUGGUCUCCUCUUUGGAGGCUUCUCUUCUGCUCAGCCUGAGGAUUGGACCUCUCCUCUCCACCUCUUCGCUGUGGAGCACAGCUGGGACCCUGCCCACCUUGUGCGGGUGCUGGGAGCUGGGCCCACAGGGCGUGGCCACAGCUGCUCACCAGGUUCCAGGCCACCCACGUGGAGCCCAGCUCGGCGGGGGCCCAUUCAGCCAGGGCAGCAGGGUAGGCAGAGCGCCAGGCCCAACAGGCCACAGGUCUGGUUCUGUUGGGCUUGGAGGGAGAGCGCCAACACUCGCUUCACAGUAACCCAGGCCAUGAGGUCAAAGCCAGACCAGAUUCAUUUGAGAACAUUUACUUGUCCUGAAUCAGUGGAGUCUCGACAAGGCUGAGGGCCUAGAAGAACAGGAAUGAGCAGCCAGCGGCUCUGAUGGGUAGGCAGGAGGUGCAGCACUGCUUAAACUAGGAGCAGCAGUGGGGACGGUGAAGCAGCUCACUUUUUGUCAGCAGGAAG